AUGGACUCUCUACGGCCUCCUUCGCCGGAAUCCUUUGAGCGCAUCGCAUCCGUUCAAAAGGAGCGCGAGGACAUCAAGCGCAAUCAUCACCAGCGCAAGCGCCAAUCGCUCGAGUCGCGCAUAGCAACCAUGUCGGCCAACGGCAGCCAGGACGAGAGGGCCCAGGCCGCGCGCAUGAUCCAAAAGACGUUUCGAGGAUAUCGCACAAGGAGGGAGAUGGAAGGCUUUGGUCUAGACGCCAGCACACGUUGGGUCACUGCGAUACGCGAGGCACAGUUUCGACAAGCGACGCAGCCACGGGCGAGGACAGAGACAGACGGCGCAGAUCCCGACGGUUUGGGACCCGAUGGCUUGGAGAAACGGCGAUCAGCAUCGGCGAGACAGAAGUGGAAGAAGGCGAGCACAGUCGCGCGACGGGCUGGCUUUGACAAUUUGCUGUCAGAUUCCUCGUCAACGCAGUCAUCGUCGGACGAGGAUGCAUCCCCCGAAGAACGAGCAGCCGCCCGAGCGCAGCGCGAAAAGGAUAAUGAAGCGCGCAAGAACGAGGCGCGCAUGAUGGGCCUGCGAUACUUUCUCGAGAUGGUCGAUCUCAAGCAUCGCUACGGAAGUAGUCUCUGCAUGUACCACGAAGAAUGGAAGCGAUCCAACACGAAGGAGAACUUCUUUUACUGGCUCGACUACGGCGAGGGCCGCGAGGUCGAGCUGGAAGGCUGUCCGCGAGACCGACUCGAACGAGAGCAAGUCCGCUACCUCUCCAAGGAGGAGCGCCAAUACUACCUCGUCGAGGUAGACGACCAAGGCAGGUUAUGCUGGGCAAAGAACGGCCAGCGCAUAGAUACGUCUGUGCAGUACAAGGACAGCAUCCAUGGCGUAGUGCCCUCGGACGAUCCCACGCCGCCCUUCAACCCAACAGCCCAGCCCGAGGAUAGGAAUUCGCUGGACGAGGACAGCAGCAGCUCUUGUUCCUCACUUGAGUCGCUGCGAGAGGCAGACCGGGCCGCCAAGUACGCGACGCCUGGUUUCGACGAAAGUCAAGGACUCCAAAAGGUGACGCACAUAUCAGCCUCGACCAUCUUCAACAAGCUCCUCCGCAAGUCGGUCAAGAAGAACACAUGGAUCUUUGUCGCAGACACAUCCUUCCGGCUCUAUGUGGGCAUCAAGAACUCGGGUGCCUUUCAGCACUCGUCCUUCCUCCAGGGCAGCCGAAUCUCAGCCGCCGGCCUCAUCAAGAUCAAGAAUGGUCGCUUGUCGUCCCUGUCCCCCCUGAGCGGGCACUAUCGUCCGCCAGCAUCCAACUUCCGCGCCUUUGUGCACAGUCUACGGCAGUCGGGCGUGGACAUGACGCACGUCUCCAUCUCCAAGUCGUACGUGGUACUCAUCGGGCUGGAGGCGUACGUCAAGACGCGGCGCAAGGGAAAGGACCUCGCGCAGCGGGUGGGACACCGGCGGGACAAGAUCUUGGACCCCGAGGAGGCGGCGCGCCGGGAGGACGAGGCCAGGGACAAAAGCGAGAGUGCGGCCCGGGAGCGUGAGGUGCUGGAGAGGGAGGAAGCAGAGAAGCAGGAGGGCAGGCCGGUGAAGAAGGUGCUCAAGAAGCUGGGUAUCAAGCCGACAAAGGAGGAGAAGCAAGCUGCGAAGCGGGAGCAAAAGGAGGAGGCCGAGAGGUUACCAGCGUGA